AUGGCGACUGAAAAGAUUUAUUUGAACAACCGCUGUAAGGGGGAGCGUCCAGAUGCCUACGGACCUGGCAAAAAUCAGCCAGUGUACCUUGGUGACGUCCUGGACAACCAUUACCAUAUCUUCCGCAAGUUGGAGUCUGGGCAUCGGUACACUGUAUGGUUAGCACGAGACAAGAGAAACUCAGAGAGGUCCUUUGUGGCUAUCAAAGUGUUUUCUGCCGAUUCAACCCAGGUGAUGCCCACGCUCACUAGAUGUCUCGGCCCACUGAAUCACCCAGGGAAGAGCCAUGCCGAGUUACCUUUGCGUUCGUUCAUGGUGCGCGGCCCCAUGGGAGAUCACCUUUGCAAGACUAUUGAGCCCGUGGGAAGCUGCAUCUAUGGCAUUAUAGACGAGGCUUACAAGAUAAGGGGCGACCUCAAUGAGCAGCAAUCGACCUUGCAUAGAGUAUUAGAGGGUGACCCCUGGUCAGCAGAUUUCGCCAGACGUGCCUGCUGGCAGAUGCUGCUGGGCGUUGAUUAUUGUCAUCAGCAACGCAUAGCCCACAGAUCUGUUGCGCCGUGGAGUGCCCAUUUUGUUUUGGACCACGACCUUUCGACACUUAGUGAAAAUGAGCUCCUGAAGGACGUUUGGCCUUCGAAAAAGUCGGAAGGUGUGGAUGAGAACCGAUUCAUGCAGGGUACCGCUGUGAGCUCUGACACUCAAGUUGAAGCAAGUAGCAAACCUGACGAUUGUGACGAUAAUGAUGAACCAGACGAGUCCGAUGAGUCCGAUGAGUCCGACGAUGGCUCUAUCCCAGACUGGCAAAAGGACUGGGAAGAAUGUGAAAGGCGCAUUGCGAAGCAAUGGGAGACUUGUGACCCAAGUGAUGCGACUGCCGAGCCACAUUCUGCCGAGUGGAAGAAGGCAAAUUUCUUCAACAGCCGAAGCGACAUUGAAUUAUUACAGCGCAAAGAUGGAAAACCUCUGGGACCAGAUGAGGUUCAUUAUACCGUGGCUCCAACGCCAUUGUACAGUGGAUUUCCUCUCAAGGACGUUGCGAACCCAGAGAAGCCAUUUAGGCUUGUUCUUGCCGAUCCAGGCUCUACCUGCGCCUUUGAAGAUUGCGAAAAAUGCCCUUUGACCAAAAUAUCAAACUACCUCGCCCCUGAAGCUCUGCUAGGCUUACCGACCACCGAAAAGGGUGACAUCUACUCAAUGGGCAUCGUUUUCUGGGAGUUUGUCAUGCUCCGCCUACUUGUCGAAUCGAACUAUAGUUCUCAAGAUCCGGAGCAUGUCAAUCUCAAGAAUCGACAACUACGUGACAUCGCUCACCGUCUUGGCCCAAUCCCAACUGCCAUACGGACGCAAUGGCGUGACGCGGAAAAGUUCGUAGAUUCGGAAGGGAAUGCAUUGGAUAUGCAAGAACAAGAUGGAGAGACAUACGGGCCCGACGACUUCGAGUAUGGUGAUAUCUGGUAUCAGGCCAGGAAAUGCAAGCCUCUGGACAUGUCAGAGGAGACGAUGGAGCAUUUUGUGCGUCUGGUUCAGACAAUGAUGCAGUGGCAACCUGAGCUGCGGCCAUCAACAACGCAGCUGCUACAGGACCCUUGGUUCAAGGACCUCCGAGAAAAAGCUUCGCUAUAA